AUGAGUAGCGAAUAAAAUAAAGACAAAUCAGGUAACUCUUUAAAAUCUGACACGAUGAUCAGUAAUCUAAUUGAUGUUGAGGAAAUCUAUAAAAGUUAGAAAUUGUAUAAAGCUACUCCAAAGUUAGAAACAAAACCUAUUCAUUUAAAGCCUUUAGAAUUAUAAUAAAAAAGUUUAUUUGAAGCUUUUUUUAAGGGUGAUCAAAAAUACAUAUAUGAAUUUGAUAAAGAAACACUACUUUAUAGAGAAAAAUAUAUAAGAAAAUUAAGUUAAUAAGGAUUAACAGUUUGUCUAUACACUGGAGGCAUAAAUUGGUUUGUAUAUUAAUUCGUUUUUAAAAGCAGUUAACACAGCAUUGCUACAAAAAUAAGUAGCUUUACUAUACUAAAUGCUAUACCUCUUAGUUAUUUCGCUUACAAAAUUCUAGUCGACUACAAUAAAGCUAAUGAGUUUUUGUUUGAAAGAUAUUUAAAAUAAUGA